CUCUCAAGGUAGGUAAUUGAAAACAAAAAAGUCUCUCUAUAUAUAUCGAACUAUAUAGCCUCUCUAAAUCUCUCAGUGUCAUUGAAGUAAAACAAGGUUUUGAGUUGAUAAAUGUCUAGUGCAAAAGAAAUGUCAACUGUCAAAAACACAGCUCCAGUCGACGGCGUUGCCCCAUCUUCCAUCGUACGAGUUACCAUCGUUCAAGCCUCCACCGUCUAUAACAAUACUCCUGCCACUCUAGACAAGGCUGAGAAGUAUAUUGCGGAGGCGGCGAGCAAGGGAGCGGAGCUGGUCUUGUUCCCUGAGGCGUUUAUCGGAGGUUAUCCUCGAGGGUUUAGGUUCGGUUUGGCGGCAGGAGUGCACAACGAGGAAGGCCGUGAUGAGUUCCGCAAAUACCAUGCUUCUGCUAUUAAAAUUCCUGGCCCUGAGGUAGACAGAUUGGCUGAGCUGGCCGGGAAAAACAAUUUGUACUUGGUAGUGGGAGCGAUAGAGAAGGAUGGGUAUACACUCUAUUGCACAGCCCUUUUCUUUAGUCCUCAAGGUCGGUUCUUGGGUAAGCACCGUAAGCUCAUGCCCACAACUUUGGAACGUUGCAUCUGGGGUCAAGGGGACGGAUCAACCAUCCCCGUUUACGACACUCCCAUUGGCAAACUCGGUGCUGCUAUUUGCUGGGAAAAUAGGAUGCCCCUCUACAGAACUGCAUUGUACGCCAAAGGCAUUGAGAUUUAUUGUGCACCAACUGCUGAUGGUUCAAAGGAGUGGCAAUCGUCAAUGAUGCACAUUGCACUAGAAGGUGGAUGUUUCGUGUUGUCGGCUUGCCAGUUCUGCCUGCGUAAAGACUUCCCUGACCAUCCUGAUUACUUGUUUACGGACAUGGAUGACAACAAAGAACAGGAUGCUAUUGUCUCCCAAGGCGGAAGUGUCAUUAUUUCACCUUUAGGACAGGUUCUUGCCGGACCAAACUUUGAAUCAGAGGGUCUCAUCACAGCUGAUCUUGACCUUGGUGAUAUAGCAAGAGCCAAGUUGUACUUCGAUGCGGUCGGACAUUACUCAAGACCAGAUGUUUUACACUUGACCGUAAAUGAGCACCCAAAGAAACCGGUUACAUUCGUGACGAAGGUGGAGAAAGCUGAGGAUGACUCAAAAAAUUAGCCGAGAUUUGUAAUUCCUCUUUUGGAGUUAAUGUCAGUCAUAUCAUGGAGGAGUCAAGUUCGAAUAUGUUCUAAUGUUUAUGUUUAAGUUUGUUUAUGUUUUUCUUCAAUAAUGUAAGAGAACCAACUGGACAUGGUUCUCUCCAUGUAUGUUGUUUGAUAUCAAACCAAUUGGUCUUGUAUUUCAAGAUUGUAUUGUACCAUAUUGUUUUAUCCACUUUGAGUGUUGAAUCUCGGAUGUUGUGCUGCCCUAAAACAAUGUAGCCAAUUGUUAUGAAUCAGGCUUUGGUUUCA